AUGCUCGCACUAGAUAAUAGUAAUGGAGAGGCGUUGGCCCGCAAGCGAAAAUCCUCCGACCCGAUGAUGUCGGCCAAGGCCCCGCGCCAGAAGAUCACCCGAGCCUGCGACUUGUGCAAGGGAAAGAAGACGCGGUGUACGGGUACCCUGCCCUGCACCCGCUGCACGCGCCUGUCAUUGCACUGCAGAUACAAUGCCGCCUACUCGCGAGGUCUGCCACCAGAGCCUCUCCCUGCAUCUGCGUCUCCGCCCAUCGCUAGCUCGGUAUCCAACAGCUCUCGGCGGCGAGCCACCGAGUCCUCCGGAAAUGAUGAUUUCCAGCAACCGCCCCGCAAUCGCCAGCGUGCCUUGUCACCGCGGAACUCCCCGGAGCCGGGAUCCACGUUCGAAGGCAAUUAUCUCGGCCCGUCCUCGGGUGUCUCGUUCCUGAAUCGGGUAUGGAGUCGCCUGCAUCAGGACGAGACCACCGCCAUCCCAGAUGAGCUGCAAAAUGAGUCGUCCAAGAGUGCCGCCGUGUUCAUGUUCGGUGACAAGCCAUUCCACAACGCUCAGGAGAUUGAAUUUACCCUUCCGCCCUUUGAGAAGGCGCUGGAGCUUGUCGGCGUCUAUUUUGAUUUCUCCAUCGUGACCUACCGAUUCCUGCACCGGGGCAGCGUCGAGCAAUGGGUUCGCCAGGUGUAUCAACAUGAUACCUCGCUUUCGAAUCCUCCCACGGGAAAUAUGGUGGCCAGGACGGCCAUCGUGCUGAUGGUCUUCGCUGUCAGUACUUUAUAUCUGGAGAUGCGGCCGGGGAUGCCAGAUGGACGCAAUGAAAGUGAACGCUGGUAUGUGGCUUCGAAGUACAUGUCUUCGCUUGAAUCAGGACCACCGCGGCUGGAGACGAUUCAAGCUCGACUAGGCCAAUGCCUCUAUCUGCUAUCGACCUCUCGUGCCAACGAGUGCUGGUAUCUGUUUGGUACAGCCCUACAAGUCGUCACGGCUCUUGGUUUACACCGGAAGUGGCCGUCGAAACUGGCGAAAGGAUGUUCGUACCUCGAGUUGGAGCUGCGCAAACGUAUCUUCUGGAGUGCGUACACGUUGGACAAAUACCUGAGCGUCAUGUUCGGACGACCACGGCUCAUGCACGACGAAGAUCUUGACCAGGAGCUCCCGGAUGAGAUGAACGAUGAUGACCUGCUAGAAGAGGACCCGACAAAGCGGACGGGGUCGGCGGAUAGUAUGAUGAUUGCAUCUGUGCUUCACUACCGCCUCGGUCGUAUUAUGGGAGAAAUCUCGCGCCAGCUUUACAGUAUAAACCCUCUGUCCCGCAACUCACCACUCGAGACGGCCGUCCGACUCACCUCCGAGCUAGAAAAGUGGAAAGAGAGCACCCCGCCGCUAUUCAACAGCGUCAGAGCAUCUAGCCUAAUCCCACCACUCUGUCGACAAAGCCAAGUGCUACAACUCGCCUACUCCCACGCAAUGAUUCACGUCACACGCUCAUUCCUCCUAAACGAUUUCACCGAUCUCAGCCGCAGGCCGAAAGUAUCGCGUCCCAUGGUCAGCACAUAUGUGCAAAAGUGCAUCGAGGCCGCUGAGGAUGUGAUGACUCUCGUAGAUGACCUAGCCCAACAGGGCAUCCUGAUCCAGUCCUUCUGGUUCACGCAUUAUGUGUGCUUCUGCGCCAUCCUCGUGGUCUACAUCCAUACUAUCCAGCAACACCGUCAAUCGCUCGCCCCGAGCCCUUCAUCAUCCGCAUCCUCGGCCGCCAGCCCCGGGGAUGCCGAUAAGCUGCGUUACCUUUUCUCCCUUGCAGAGACGUGCCAGCAGCAUCUGGCUGAGGCUACGCGCAAGAAUUGCCCUAGUCGACGGUAUAGCAUCAUCCUCGAGGAGCUUCGACAGGAGGUUCACCGUCAGAUUGGAUCCGCUGGUCCUAAUCCGUCUCAGUGCCCUCAGGGCGCUAAUAAUGGUGUCAAUGCUACCCUGCAAGAGACACUGCCACCAACGAAAUCCGAACGACCUGUCUCGUUCGACGCUGUUCCCAUGGAUUAUUCGGCCAUGUCUGGUGUCUUGGAGCCUACUGAACUUGGUGCGUCAUCCGUUCCUCCAGGCGAUGACCAAGGCUUUCUGGAGAAUCUGGAGGGAUCUAUCUGGUGGGCUCAGCUUGAUUCUUGGGCCUUGUCGAAUUUCCCCAAUGACCCGUCCACCUUUAGUUUCUAA